CGGAAGAAAGGUUCGCCGAGUUUCAAGAUGAAAUUGUGGAGGUGCUUCUAAGCUGGUGAGACUCCUGUAGACUGAGUUGUGCUGAAAGAAAUCGAGUCGAAAAUGCGUUCAUUAUCAGCAAGGAAAAACGACCUAUCUGCUUUUUUAAUGCCUGACACGGGCCAGAUCCAGAACAACUAUGACAUCUUCUCUUCUAUGCUCCCUCGUGCUGAAGGCAUUUCAUCCACCAAAGUCAAUCUUGAGGAGAUGUAAAAGGCGCACAAUAAAGCGAUGAUCUCGUUUUUCCUUCUCUUGUUCAAUUUUGUAGAACUAUGGUCUGGUACUAGUAUUCGCUCGUCCCGGACCUCGUGCGGAGCAGGCAGUCUUUUUAGGGGACCAUUUCAGCCUCACCAGUUUGUAGAAGGCGUUCGAAUAUUAAAAAGCACCGCGGCGGAUGGCCGCCAGCGCCAUUCUGUGGCUGCAGGAGAAGAUCAUGACGAGCCUGAGCAAGAAAAUCAUGUUGUACGUCGACAGAGCGGCUCCGCGAACUCACAGGAGUACGAUGAUUUGCUUGCAUCGUGGCUGCUUCCGCGCUUUCACAAGCUCAUGCGACAGGUCCUUGUUGCGCGAGGCUUACCGACGUCGGCCGUAUUUCAGGAGGGUCCUGUUGUUCCUAUCGUGAAAACUUCUAGUUCUACGAGAAGUCCUAGUACAGUGUCGACAGUUUCUACGGUCGGAAAGGACAUCAUCAACUUCCACGGCCGCACACAGUACCAGCACACGCACGAGGAAAAAAAGCAACCUGCGAGGAAGAUCAACAAGACAUUCUCAACCUUUGAAGGAGAAGACCUCCACAAAAAGCCGUCUCUGAUAGUGGGGAUAAAGACUGCAGCCAGCUGGUCUGAAAGUCGAAAAGUUCACCGCGAUACGUGGAUGCGAAUGGGGUCAUUGUGCAUGAGCCAGCAGAAGGUCGCGCCGGGGAAGGUCACUGCACGCUUCAUGAUUACCGAGCACGAACUAGCAGCUCUUAUGGCUGAACAAAAGUCAACUUUUAUUGAAAUUCACCAAACUAUAAUUGGAUUAUAUUGCUCCUUGUUUGUCAACGUCGCGGAGAAGCGUCGUACUGCACUGAAACUAGUAACGGUCGUCGUAUUCGUCGUGUUUGUGUUACGUUGAAACUACUGGCCGUUUCAGACUUCUUCUUUGUCUUCGUAACUUAGCUCGAAAGCCAUCUUCUGUUUUUUCUGCUAAUGUUUAAGAAAAGCAAUCAGAUACAGAUGAUGGCGUCGAUCUUAGAGCCGAGCAGAAGGAGCAUGGAGAUCUAGUUUUCCUCGAUGCUGCGAAGUUGCGGGAUGAGAUUCAUCCAGCCUUUUCCGAGGACAAGAUAAAGUUAAGCGUACCAGUGCUAUUGAUUACAUUUUUAUCUCGCGUCAGACACCAGGUAUUGCCCUGAAUAAUCCCCCCUGAUUUAUUCAAGGGGAAUUCAUGCAGGGAAAAAAAGGAAACUACUCACUCAACCAUGGAUCUCUUCGAUAUGGAUAUUCAUGAUUUAUAAUAGUACUAGUCCUCGUGCUACCUACCUGCUUUAAUGAAGACCUUCGCGUUUCUACGACUUGCUGACGAUGAAGCGAACGAGGUAUCGAAAGCAACCUUUGUCGCGAAAAUGGACAUGGAUACGUUCAUCUCGCCAUGCGACCUACUCGCGGACAUGCAGGCCGCGGGUGCGUGGUCUAAGAACUCAAGCAAAAGAGAUCCACAAGAAGAGGAACACUCCCCAGAAUCAACAACUACACGAAAAAGUGCAGCUGGUGCAGCAAGAAAAAUGAAUCAAAUAAACGCUGUGCAACAUCAACGAGAUGUUGAAAUAAAACAAAAAGAAAAAAGAAAAAAACAACAUGAUGAUGCCCACCAGGAGGACCUCUUAGUGGGACUAGCGCCCUCGCUCUACUACGGUACGUUCAGCGUAGACCGAACAAGAAUGAUGGUGCAGCGCGACGACCAGGAGGGUCUUCGUUUUUCUGCAUCUAAUGCGAUCGAGCGUGCUCCAUCUCCUUCAUCUCAGAGUUUUUGGGAGGCCUCUUCGAUGCCAGACAUCGGUGAGUGCGGUUUUUUCGGCGACCAUGAGGCUCCUUUCAUGCAGGGCGGCUUCUACGCGAUUUCUCAGGCGCUCGCGCGGGGAAUGGGCAGGCCGCCUCUGGUGUACCCAGCGCAGUUGUACGCAAGCGAGGACCACGCAGUUGGCUGCGUUGCCAUGUACGCGGCCAAAAUCGGGCAGUUGCCGGUAGCGGCAGUGCAUCCCGCAGCGUGGGAGGACGAGCAUUGUGACCAACAGUGGUGUCCGGCUUGGAAUCCAAUGGAAAAAAAGUUUCUGUACAAACACCUCUACUACGAGUUCGCGGGCCACAGUGGAGAGGGUGCGAGGGACUAUCACAUCAACAUCACUGACGUUCUUAGACUGGACGACGCGUGAACGUGGAGCACCAUCAUUCUUGAACCUGUUAGGGCAUUGACGUUCUUCUUAGGCUGGAUGGCGUGUGAACCUGGUAGAUCGUCGACGUGUAAAGACGAGACGACGUGUGAACUUGGAGGCAAGACGAGUCUUCUUGUUCGUAGUAGAAAUAAA